UUUAAAACAUACAGAAACAAAAACAAAAAAAACAAAAACGUACAAUUGUGAAGUUCUUGCUGUGGCGUAAGAAUGGUAUGGUCAGAUUUGGAGUUAAUAUAUGACAUCUUUGCACAAAGUGUUUUAUUGUAUUUUCUAAACUGUUGCUUUUAUGCUGAAAAUAAAUCAAAAUAACGACUUCUAUUUAUUCUCUCCAAGAGUUGCUGCAGCUUAUAGAAACAAAUUUGAUAAUUGAAAACAAAGUUAUUCUAAAGAUCCAAGUUGCAUACUGAACAGCUAUCUGAAACGAAUUCGAAAUACAUAUCUCUGUUAACAAUUCUCCUCAUGAGCGACAACACAAAACUCCUCAUGAGUAUUGUCAAGUAUGCUGGCUCCGCAAUCGCACAGAAUGCUGGAAGAAUACGUGAUAUCGACAAGUGGGAUCCAACAGAUAACGAGAGGAAGUGGCUUCUAAUAUCAGGCGCAAGUGAGCCCCCUAAUUAUAUCCAGCUGUCCGAAAUGGGGGAACGUGAGACGAGGGGAGAAAGGCGGGACUUAUUUCUGAAAGGUCAAAGUGUGGAUUUUGUGAACAUGGAGAGGGCUCUUGGCCAUCAACUGCACAACAGAAUUCAGAAUUUGAAAAUGAAAAAAGCAGAUGUGAAGUCGAACAUUCAAGAUUUUUUCAAGUUUUGCAAAGACAAGAACUACAAGCCAAUGCUUUAUUACACUGGCCAUGGGGAGUUGCCAACUGGAAACUGGUGUCUGGCAGAUGGUACAAUUAGAAUAGAAGAGAUCUUCGAUUGGAUCCCAAGUGGCAUGGAACCCCCAACUAUCUGUACAGACUCAUGUUUUGGAGGAGUAUGGGCAGAUUACUGCAUUCAAAAAAAUAUCUCAGGAUUUCACUGCCUCUCCGCGACGGCGGCUAACCAGGCUGCUUAUGAUCAUACUGAUGGAGGAGGUGAACUGACACACUACAUGACAGGCAGUGAGAGCAAACUUGAACAUGGUCGACCCUCCACUGAGCCACUGUUCAGCAGAGGAACCUUAUUUGAUUUCAGAACACUUGUAAAAUACACUAAAACUAAUUACGCAGACUUCAUCAGAUUUUAUACGUACAAUAAUCAACAGACUUUGAUAUCACAAAGUGUACAUGACAACUACAUAGACGCUAUAUUUGAUAAUCACAAAAAGUUCAACACAAGGAAGAAGCAGUUUUGGGUCAGCUCCUCAUUCAAAGAAGUGAAAGAACAAGUUAAAAGUCACACCAAGGCAGGCAUGAAUAUUUUCUCACUCGCAGCUGACCAAAACACGGGAAAGUUUUAUGUAUUUAUGAUAGACGAUUUUGGCAAAGCACAGUCCAUUAUACAAAACGAAGACCCCGAAGAUCUAUUUUUGCUUGGUCUGUCAGUGACAAGUGUUACCUGCUUCAAUAAAAAAUACUUUUUCGUAAUGACUGCCGGUGUGAGCCAAUUUGAAAAUCAUGAACAAGUGAUAUUCACAAAGAGCAACAGGUCGGAUCUAGAUAUUGAAAUUAAAAAGCAGAGGUCAGAAGGAAAAGUGAUUACCUCUUUUUGUAUCAAUCACGAGUUGAGAGAGUACCUUGUAGUGAUGACUGAGAUGGAAGGGUGCGAACAGGCCAGCGGAUGGUUCCAAAAGAGAACUGCAGACGGAUACAGGGAGAGAGUUAAAUGGUUAGAGAUCUAUUUGAGAAGAAGACUAGUGGACACAAUAGUGUGUGGGGAUUCGUCAGAUAAUCAAACAUUCUACGUAAUGACUUCGGAUGAGGAUAGAAAUGGAGUCAAACUCAUAAAUACAACCCUCUUUAGCUGAGUGCUAAAUCAGUAUGACCUUAUUCUGUCCUAAAACUAUCUGAUUCAAUAUCUUUUUUAUCUGUAUCUUAACCUGAAGCUAUAUAUUACCAACUGUCUGUUUCAAACUGUUUAAUUUCACCUCUUGCGCAGCACUUCAUAGUGAAAUGAACUGUUAAAUCAGUUUACAUUUGGUUUCUCCGCUUGUGAAAAAAUAGUGAUUUGAUUGAUGUUUUUGAUUU